UGAGCUCGCUCCUGAGGCACGUAAGAGCUGUGCGCCAAUCGGAACGGAAAGAGCCGCCAAGUUGGACCAAUCGGAGGCCUGGAGGUGGAGCUGUCCCUCCCUAAACCUCAGGGGCCAAUCGGAAGCGCGGGCGGCGUGUUUGAAAGCGAGGCCGGAGCGAGUGGGAGCGCGUGCUUCUGGGAGUUGCUUGGAGGUUGGCGUCGCGGGGCUGGAGUUCCUCAAGGCGGAGCGAUUAUGUCGCACAAACAAAUUUACUACUCGGACAAAUACGACGACGAGGAAUUCGAGUACCGGCAUGUCAUGUUGCCCAAGGAUAUAGCCAAGCUGGUCCCUAAAACCCAUUUGAUGUCUGAGUCGGAAUGGCGGAAUCUUGGCGUUCAACAAAGUCAGGGAUGGGUCCACUAUAUGAUCCAUGAACCAGAACCACACAUCUUGCUGUUCCGGAGGCCACUCCCCAAGAAGCCAAAGAAAUGAAGCUGGCGAGCCACCCUGCAGCCUGGCGCUGUCCGCAGCUGUCCUCAUUUGCUAGCAUCUUCCCAAUGACAUUGUUGUGUUGCCUUGUUUCUCACCUUGAUAUUUAAAGGAUGUUCGUUCCAUACAAUGUUUGAAUGUGCUGGUGGCUGCUUUGCUUCUUGAGCAGAGUCAGCAGCACCACAGCCCAGCCAGAGAUGCUCCUGGGCUGAGUCUCUGCUGAGUGUGACCCCGAGAGCCACGGCAAGCACCGUCUCUGGCUGAGCACACUCCAUAGCGUGGGUAGGACGCACCUGCCUCUCAGACCAUGCUGUUACAGGGAUUAUCAACUUGCUAUUUAGAUGGGUUUUUCUUCCUUUUCUUGCCCGGUGUUGUAUGUAUGGUGUUUCAAUGUAUUGGAAAAUUUCCUUUUUUUUUUUUCUCCAAGAACUCUGUUCCAUUUUGCAGCCUUGAUUAAAGAGGAAGUUUUAAUAAUGAAAUUAUCUCAUUGUUGGCUGGGGAGGUGAUUUUAAGGACUGGAACAGAUGCUCUGCAUGUGGAAGCUCCAGGUUCGAUCUGAUACAGCAUGGUCCCUCCUGGAAACCCUGAACGGGAGAGUAGCUCCUGGACACCUCAGGAGAUGGCACAAAAACAAAUUCUCUUAGUUGUGAAAUCUGGGACUGGAGAGAUAGUAGAAUGGGUAGGAUACUUGCUUUGCCUGCGGCCAAGCUGGAUUCAUCCCUGGCAACCCAUAUGGCCCCAUAGUAAUUCCUGAGUAAUUCCUGAGUGCAGAACCAAGAGUAAUCCCUGAGCAUCUCCAGGUACAGCCCCAAAACAACAAAAGAUUUUCCCUUUCUCAGGGUGAGCAUUGAAUUGAUUAUAUACUCUUUAGUUCAUGAAACUUAGCAUCCAGGUAACUGGCUCCUAACCUACUUUACGGUAAGCAGACUUAUUAUGAAUAUCUAGUAUAAACUUUGCAAGAGAAGAUAUAUAGGGCUAAUAGCAUUAAAACAAAAGAGCUGGAGGGGGCAGUGAAGAAUGGAGAGCAACAGUACAAUGGGUAGGGCGUUUGCCUUGCACACACCAACCUAGGUUCAAUCCCUGGCAUCCCAUAUGGUCCCCCAAGCCAGCCAGGAAUAAUUUCUGAACACUGCUAAGUGGAGCCCCCCAAAAAAUAAAAUGGGCUAGAGCUAGGGAUGGAGAGAGAAUAUAGAGCUAAAAGUACUUUGCCUUGCAUGCAGUAAAUAAUUCCAACAUACCUGUGGUCUCCCAGGAACCUCCAGGAGUGAUGCCUGAGUACAGCCUGGUGUUGCUCAAAAACAAACAACAUAAAAGUUGUAAUCUGGGAUGCUUCCUCUGACACAAGCCUAAUACCAUAUGAGGAGAAGAGGUGAUAGUGCAUUCUACUUACUUUCCGUCCGGCCUAAGACUCAGGCACACCUAUCACCUAUACAUUGGACACAGUGAUUGGGGUGUUUUCAGCAAUUUUUUUUUCUUUUUGGGUCACACCUGGCGAUGCACAAAGGUUACUCCUGGCUCUGCACUCAGGAAUUACUCCUGGCAGUGCUCGGGGGACCAUAUGGGAUGCUGGGAGCAAACUCCCUACCCGCUGUGCU